AUGUCGGUAAGAAAACUAAAGGCGAUGUGCGAGUUGGUUCACGACGUUGAGAAGAAGGUGACGGCUCUGGAACAAAGCAUCGGGAAGCCAGGAGACAGUGGGAGGCCAGAAAUUCUUUUGCGCUCCUUCAGAGAGUUAGCUGAAGGCUGCAACAAGAACACAAUCACUUUCGGCGUUGUGAUCGGCGUCAUCCCGAACAGCAGUGUGAUUCCGUACACCUUCUGUCUGGCAUACAGUCCUGCGGACAUUUGCGUGGCGGUCACCGUCUACAACUUCAGCGAACAUUUUGGCGUGACUGUAGGUCAAUGGGUGGCCGUUCUGCAGCCGAUAGUGAAUAUUGUCAACUGCACGGUUGACGGAACGGUAUGGGUACUUUUAAAUGAUUAAGC